CUGGAGCACGUGACUUGGUUCCGGCUUGCGGAAGAUGGCGGCGCCCAGAGCGGUAGCGUGAAAUUUGGUGGUGGUAGUCGCAGGCCAUUCGUGCUGGAAUCAAAACAGUGGGACCGUGCGCCAUGUCGCGACUGAUCGUGAAGAACCUCCCAGAUGGGAUGAAGGAGGAGCGUUUCCGGCAGCUCUUCACCGCCUUCGGCACACUGACGGACUGCAGCCUCAAGUUCACCAAAGACGGCAAGUUCCGCAAGUUCGGCUUCAUCGGCUUCAAGUCCGAGGAAGAGGCCCAAACAGCGCUGAACCAUUUCAACAAGAGUUUUAUCGACAUGUCCCGGAUCACGGUGGAGUUCUGCAAGUCGUUUGGGGACCCGACAAAGCCCCGAGCCUGGAGCAAGCACGCCCAGAAAACAAGCCAGUCCAAGCCACCUCCGAAAGACAAAGACUCCCUCGCCCCAGAAACUAAGAAGGAUGACAAGAAGAAAAAGGUAGCAGGUGAACUGGAGAAGCUGAGGGAAGAUCACGAGUUCCAGGAGUUCCUGUCGGUUCACCAGAAGCGGACGCAGGUGGCCACCUGGGCGAAUGAUGCCCUGGACGUUGAGCCCUCGAAAGGGAAGAACAGCUUGGCCAACGACUACCUGAACUUCGACUCCGACUCAGGGCAGGAGAGCGAGGAGGAGGGAGCCGGGGAGGCCCCAGAAGAGGACAGCGGCCUCGAACCCAAGGCAGCCGUACGGAAGGAGCUGUCGGACAUGGAUUACCUGAAAUCCAAGGUGGUGGAGGCCGAGUCGCCAUCCUCAGAGGAGAGUGAAGAUGAAGCCGUGAGCUGCGAGGAAGGGAACGAGGCCGAGGGAGAGGGUUCCUGCACCGCCCCCGCCCAGCAGGACAGGGAGGCGGCCCGAGCCGAGACCGAGAGACCAGCCAACCAGAAGGAACGCACCACCACCCACACCGUGAAGCUGCGGGGAGCCCCGUUCAACGUCACAGAGAAAAAUGUCAUGGAAUUCCUGGCACCCCUGAAACCGGUGGCCAUUCGAAUAGUGAGAAAUGCCCAUGGAAACAAAACAGGGUACGUCUUUGUGGACUUCAGCAGUGAAGAGGAAGUGAGGAAAGCUCUGAAAUGCAACAGGGAGUACAUGGGUGGACGCUACAUCGAGGUGUUUAGGGAAAAGAACGUCCCCGCAGCCAAGGUGCCCCCAGAGAAUAGCGCCAAACCCUGGCAAGGCCGGACACUCGGGGAGCAUGAGGAGGAAGAGGACCUGGCCGACUCUGGGAGGCUCUUUGUGCGAAACCUGCCCUACACCAGCUCCGAGGAAGACCUGGAGAAGCUCUUCUCCAAAUACGGUCCCCUGUCUGAGCUGCAUUACCCCAUCGACAGCCUGACCAAGAAGCCCAAGGGCUUUGCCUUCGUCACCUUCAUGUUCCCGGAGCACGCCGUGAAGGCCUACGCGGAGGUGGAUGGGCAGGUGUUCCAGGGCAGGAUGCUCCACGUGUUACCAUCCACCAUCAAGAAGGAGGCCAGCGAGGACGCAGACACCCCAGGAUCAUCGUCUUACAAGAAGAAGAAAGAGUCAAAAGACAAAGCCAACAGCUCCAGCUCUCACAACUGGAACACGCUGUUCAUGGGCCCGAAUGCAGUGGCCGACGCCAUCGCCCAGAAGUACAGUGCCACCAAGAGUCAAGUGUUUGACCAUGAGACCAAGGGCAGCGUGGCCGUGCGCGUGGCCCUGGGAGAGACCCAGCUCGUCCAGGAGGUGCGGCGCUUCCUCCUCGACAAUGGGGUCAGUCUGGACUCCUUCAGCCAGGCCGCCGCUGAGCGAAGCAAGACCGUGAUCCUGGUGAAGAACCUCCCGGCCGGCACCCUGGCGGCCGAGUUGCAGGAGACCUUUGGCCGCUUCGGCAGCCUGGGCCGCGUGCUGCUGCCAGAGGGCGGCGUCACGGCCAUCGUGGAGUUCCUGGAGCCGCUGGAGGCCCGCAAGGCCUUCCGACACCUGGCCUACUCCAAGUUCCACCACGUCCCCCUGUAUCUGGAGUGGGCUCCGGUGGGCAUCUUUUCCAGCCCAGCCCCACAGAAGAAAGAACUCCGAGAUGCGCCAGCAGAGCCGGCCGGAAAGGACAGGAUGGAGCCAGAAACCGACGGCGAGACCCCAGAAGGUGACAAGCUGACAGAGGGAGUAGCACACGACACUUCAGCAAAGAUGGAGGAGGAGGAGGAGGAGGAGGAGGAGGAGGAGGAGAGCCUUCCCGGGUGCACUCUGUUUAUCAAAAAUCUCCACUUCGACACAACCGAGGAGAUGCUGAAGGGAGUGUUUUCUAAAGCGGGUGUGGUGAAGAGCUGCUCCAUUUCCAAGAAGAAGAGCAAAGCAGGAGCGCUGCUGUCCAUGGGGUUUGGAUUCGUGGAAUACGGGAAACCGGAGCAGGCCCAGAAAGCUCUCAAACAGCUCCAGGGUCACGUCAUGGACGGCCACAAGCUGGAAGUGAGGAUCUCAGAACGAGCCACCAAGCCGGCCCUGACAACCGCUCGGAAGAAACAAGUGCCCAGAAAGCAGACAACCUCCAAGAUCCUGGUGCGGAACAUCCCCUUCCAGGCGGACAGCCGUGAGAUCCGCGAACUCUUCAGCACCUUCGGGGAGCUGAAGACAGUCCGCUUGCCGAAGAAGAUGACGAGCGUCGGCACGCACAGAGGGUUCGGCUUCGUCGACUUCCUCACCAAGCAGGACGCCAAGAGGGCCUUCAACGCCCUGUGUCACAGCACCCACUUGUACGGCCGGAGGCUGGUGCUGGAGUGGGCCGACUCCGAGGUGAGCCUGCAGGCCCUGCGGCGGAAGACGGCCGAGCACUUCCACGAACCCCCGAAGAAAAAGCAGUCUGUGGUGUUGGACGAGAUCCUGGAGCAGCUGGAAGACAGUGAGGACGACGGCAAGGAGCAGACCCUUGAGCCGUGAGCUGGCACCGCGGGACAUCUAAGAAGCAGCGUGGAGGCUCACGGCCCCGUGCAGGGAGAGCUGGGAGGUCCUCGCUCAAAGCUUACCAGUUCCCAGUUCAUUCUGAAGCCACUUGUAGGUGGUUCCAAACUCUCUUGACCACAGGACCCCUUUUUCCAAGCAAAAGUCUUAUGCAGAACCCCAGCGUAGAAAACAGAGAAAGUAGAACCGCUGUAUUCAAAGUCAGGGUGUAAGGCCCCCCCACGUGUUCAUCCUCCCAGUCAGGAGUUGGUUGGAAAACCACUGAUGUAAACACGUCUCAUGAAGCAUGGAGUGCAGGCUUCCAUGGUACACGAGAUGAUUUUAGGCAGCCCAUAAACUUUAUUUUUUUUAAUUUUUAACUUCCGGGUUUAUUUUCACAUGUAUGUUACAACUGGAAAUAUACAGCUAGCUCAUCAAGCCAAUGGUUUUGCCAAGCCCUAAGAAGGAGGUGAAAAAAAAUAGUGAAUUUGUAUAAAGAAAAUGAUUAAGAAGAUGAAUGUGAUACAAAGAAGUGGUAAAAGGAAUUCCCUGGCUGUCCAGUGGUUAGGACCCCACGCUUUCACUGCCAGGGGCCUGAGUUCAAUCCCUGGUCAGGGAACUAAGAUCCUGCAAGCCACACAGCUUGGCCAAAAAAAAAAAGUGGUAAAGAAGGGACAUGAGUGAUCUAAACUGGGGGUUGGUAGGCUGCGGGCCUGUGGACCAGGUCCAGCUACUGCCUGUUUGUAAAAAUAAAGUUUUAUUGGCACAUA